AUGCGCCCAGCCCACCCCCAUUACCCGGCCAUUGCCGGAUGGAUCCAAGAUAAUAGAGAUGCACUUGCGGGGCUUGCGGGGCUUGUGGGGCCCCGCCCCACCGGUUCUAGAGGAUAUGGUGGACCCUGGGGGAGUGACGUUGCAGUUGACAUGUAUUGGGUGGAUCGGUAUCGCGAUUACGGUAUUUGA